CAGUUCCCACGGCACUCGACGGACGCCGUUUCUCGUAAAACCUCGCCUCUGCUCGACUCUCGCGUCGAUACCUCCGCGACCUAACCCUGACCGGGCCGAACGACAUGUUCCGCGCCGUCUGAACCCGCCGCCGCCGCCGCCGCACGCCGUGUCGAGUUUCCUCGCGUGCACGCGACCCCGGAGUCCAAGGGGAUGCUGCGUCUCGACGCGGCUAGUUCCAACGUGGCGAGCGGCUAGAAGGCCUACGACGAACCACGAACCAACCACUGCCCCAUGGCUCUGACGGAGUACAUGACGACGUUUCGUCUCGGAACAGCGACAGCAGGUACGACCGUGCAGCAUCCGGACCCACGGACGACCAGCUCGUCGACUAGGGAGCCGCGGUUCGUAUUGCCCCGUCGCGGACGUCGCGUCUGCGAUAAGUAGCGAACGGGACUGGUCGCUGGUGGACACGGAUCAAUGUAAACGACCGAGACGCUGGCCGUCCAGCAUCCUCCACGCGAGUCAAGAUACAAAGAGGGUAAAGGAACUGUUGACCAUCGACGUUCGACGUCCUACGGGAGAUCGAGAAGUGUUCAAGUGUGACGUCCUUUCAACCGGUCUUCCCUCGACGAAGGUUACGAGUUCGCGUCGAUUACGCCUAGACUCGUGACCCAUACGGUUCGAUUCGAUUGGGAAAAAGUUUACCCCCGGACUGUUGGCGGACUGACAUGCCUCGCGAAACGUCUGUGGGAAGUUGAAGGCUGCUACGAUACGGACGGGAGAGCGAUCGCUGGUAAGGCUUGCCAACGCACCAGAUGGACGAGGCUCGAGGGAGGAUAGUAGAACGAUAGGAGGCGACCGGUUGCGGCUGCAGCUGCGGCGUCGGUCGCUGCACCUGCAGCUGCAGCUGCGGCGACGGCGACGACGGCGACGCUGCCGGUAGCAGCGGUUUGAUCAGACGGCGGAAUGAUGCAAAGCACCGGCGACUACUAUCAGAGGGCGCCGCGAUGCUGUCCGGGAAGAAACGCGAACGCGAACGCCGAGGCGCUACGGAUCAGCACGUCCGUCAGGGGGGCGGAACUGCUCUGCUGUUGUUGCAGCUGCAGUACCGCCACUUCCACUAAGACGCCGGGGCUGUUGGCCAGCCUGGGUGUCUGUGUCCUCGUGCUUGGCUACACGCUGCUUGGCGCGUUCGCGUUCAUGGCCCUGGAAGGCGGCCUCAAGUCGGAUUCAGUGAACGAACUGCUUCCUGGUGGCUCUAAGGCCGAGGGAGGAUCGUACGGAGUACCGAACCUCGAGGAUGACAACUCAGCCAUGGAGCUCAGGGCGCGCACCGUGGAGAGGCUUUGGAGCAUCACGGAGGACCUGAACGUGCUGUACAAAGAAAACUGGACACGACUGGCGGCGAGGGAAGUGUUCGAGUUUCAGGAGAACCUGGCGCGCGGCCUCAGACGUACUUCCUCGCAAUACGAACCAGUUGGAUCGUCGUCCCGAUCCAGGGACCACGCGAUGGAUAGGCGAUCGCACCGCCGGUGGACAUUCAGCGGUAGUCUGUUGUACUCUUUGACGCUGAUCACGACAAUCGGAUACGGCAGCGUAGCGCCGCGAACAGUCUGGGGUCGUUUGAUCACGAUAGUUUACGCACUGGCCGGGAUUCCCUUGAUGCUGGUCUAUUUGAGCACAGUCGGCGACGUUCUCGCGAGGAGCUUCCGCCGUUUGUAUGGCCGGCUUUGCAGGCCUCGUAAUUGCACGAGAAAGCAACAACCGCCUCCCCCGCCGCCGCCAGUCGGUGGCAUCAUGAGCAAAACGUACAGAUACGAUAAUCACGUCGAUUCUAAAUCCGGCAAUUACUACACGGCCAGCAGAGAGAGCUCCUGCGACGAUCUGGGAACGCGCGGUACCAGCAGUGCGAUUCUGCUGGAUUGCGGAAGCGAAGGACUGCUGCACGCUACCACCAGCUCUACCGCCGCUCUUCAGGAUGUGACGUCCGGCAAUAGUAAACGCCACUUUCAUCCGUGCUCCCUGUCUCUGUCGACGAGCUCGUCGCCCGGUUAUGUGGUGGAGACGAACACCGUCAGGAUACCGAUAAGCCUUUGCCUGGUGAUCAUGCUGAUCUACAUAUGUGGCGGCGCAGUAAUGUUCAAUCGACUGGAGGGCUGGAGCCUCCUCGAAGGCGGUUACUUCUGCUUCACGAGCCUCGGAACGAUCGGGUUCGGCGACCUGAUGCCGGUCGGAAGAAACGCGGCGUCCGCCACGCUGGAGGAGCUCAGCCUGUGCGCCUGCUCGCUCUACAUACUCGCCGGGAUGGGCUUGAUCGCCAUGUGCUUCAACCUCGUCCAGGAGGAGGUGGUACGCGUGGUCAGGGUCUUCGGUAGAACCUGCGGCAUGUCGUCGGGGGUGGUGGUCGGACCUAUCGGUGGUACAGCAGGUGCCGGCCCUGGGCUCAAAGGGGACCUCGAUGACGGCGGAGGCACCAGCGAUUCGCGACUGUCCGAGCAAGAGGACGAAGCAAUCGCCAUGUCCAUGGUGCCAACAUCCUGACAGCAUCAGGCCAGGAGUCCCGGCGACGGGAAGCUCCUGGCCCAUGCGUCCAACACUGCCAUAAAACCAUCGCCCGGCCAUCACUCUCUGCCGCGAAAGAAGACGCCAUCCGACGUCAGGAACACCCCGU